CAAUUCAUAAACGGAGCAACCAAAAAAAAAAAAAAAAAGACGUAACGCAUAUAUUGCAGAAGACACAGUGACAGUGUUUGGAAGAUGAGAAAGUGAACGAGAAAAACAGAAGAUGGCAGCAAUUCAGAGGAAAAAGCUCAGAGCUUGUCGCAGAGCCACAGAGAAAUUGGACUUCUUCGAUGGAUUGCCGGACGAUCUCGUCGUUUGCAUUCUCGGCAAGCUCAGCGCCUCCGCUUCUUCUCCCUCCGAUUUCGUCAGCAUUCUCCUCACAUGCAAAAGAUUCCACCGGUUAGGUCUCCAUCCUUUGGUGCUAUCCAAAGCGAGUCGAGAAACGUUUGCGAUUAGAGCCGCGAACUGGUCGGAUUCCGCUCACCGGUUUCUGAAACAGUCCGCCGGCGCCGGCAACGUCGAGGCCUGUUACACUCUCGGAAUGAUCCGAUUUUACUGCUUACAAAACCGAGGGAGCGGAGCGUCGCUGAUGGCGAAGGCGGCAAUUAAGUCGCACGCGCCGGCGUUGUACUCGCUCGCGGUGAUCCAGUUCAACGGCAGCGGAGCUUCAAAGGGCGACAAGGACCUAUGCGCCGGCGUCUCGUUGUGCGCACGCGCCGCCUUCCUCGGCCACGUGGACGCCCUCCGCGAGCUCGGCCACUGCCUCCAAGACGGCUACGGCGUCCGGAAGAACGUCGCCGAAGGGCGGCGCCUCCUCGUCCAGGCGAACGCGCGCGAGCUCGUGGCGGGGCUCCGGUCGAUGACGUGGCAGCCACAGCUCCACCGGCUCUGCUCUUCCACUACAACGACGUCGUUUUGCUGCCCUCUGCUGAGCGACUUCGGGUGCCCCGUUCCGGUUCCCGAGGUCCAUCCGGCGAACCGGUUCUUGAGGGAGUGGUUUGGGCUUGGCCGGGGAGGUUUGGGCCAUAAGUUGAGGCUGUGCGCGCACGGCGGCUGCGGGAGGCCCGAAACGAGGCCUCACGAGUUUCGGAGGUGUUCGGUUUGUGGGAAGGUGAAUUACUGCUCCCGUGGGUGUCAAGCGCUUGACUGGAAGGUGAGGCAUAAGGGCGAAUGCAGUCCCGGCGAGCAGCGGUGGCUGGAGGAGGACGGCGGCGGAGAGAUUGGUGGCGGCGGUGGGAUGGAGAUGGUGGAGGGUGAGGAUGAUGGUGAGAACGUGAUUAUUGGAUAAUGGGAAAUUGAAUUUGCUGUCUUUUAUUUAUUUUUUAUUAUGGGGUAAGAGAUUUUGUUGGGGUUCGGCAGUGCCGUUUUGGUUUCUGUCUGUACAGGUGGGGAAAUGCUUUUGGGAAAUUAAUUGUGUAUGCAUGGAGGCAUUGGCAAAAUUUGGGUUUACAUUUUUCUAACCAAAUUUGGUGUUGCUAAUUAUCCUCAUUAAUUUUCAGUCGGUCACAAAUUUAUUUCUGUAUGUAAAUUAUUGAUUUUAUCAAAUUUUAACCAAUAACACAUUCAUGUUUCU